CGUUUUCGCUCGACUCUGCGCCGCGCACGCUUUGGAGUUUCAGUAGUUUCGGUAUCGCGUCGUGCUGUGCGGGUUCUGCUGGCUCGUGAAACUUUCAUUUGGAACAAGCAGCGAGAAUGCCACGUCCAUGUGAUGUCGUGGGAUGCCCGAACGGUCCGCGGAACUUGGCCAAGGGCAAGGGCAACGGCGAAUCCAACGUUACCUAUCACCGUGUGCCAACGAGUGAACCUCUCCGUUCGAAGUGGUUAAGUGCCGUACCUCUGCUACAACUCCUUGGCAAAGAGCCGAAAAAUCGCGUAGUGUGCUCGCUGCACUUUCUUCCAGAGGAUUACGAGUUGAACGCCGACUUACUGAAGUCGUCUGGAGUGCCUAUCAAAGCAAUACUUUCCCGUAGCGCUGUUCCGUCGGUCUUGCCUGCAUUCUCCGAAGCGCAAGAACAACUGCAGGACGAAGACGGGGCGGCUGAACGUAGCGAAUCACAAGCCAGCGCUUCGACAGUCGACACCUCCUACAAAAGCGACGUACAGGCGACUCGUGACGCGGGGACAGAUGCAAGCCUCUCGUCGAGCCCUGCCGAACAAAGUUGCAGUAGCGUUGGAAAUACGAAAUCCGUACAAGUUCGUCUGCCCGGCAACAGCAUUGGAGUUCAAGUUAACACAACAAUGAAGGAAACAAAGGAAAAGGGAACGCAGGUUUGCAGGCGAAGGAAGCCCGUGACGUCAACACCUGUGAAGAGGCGUUAUAGUGCUCGAAGAGCUGAUGGAGCCAAGCGACGGCGACAAACAUCUAGACAGGAGGCCAGCUUUCUCACCUCACCUGAUGCAUCACCGGUAGCUUGCAAAGCUGACAGGCAUGACACGACAUAUGAGCCAGACAACUCGACUUGUACCUUGGAUGCAACAUUAGCUGAUGAAAGCGACGAAGAUGCGCAUGCAAACCGGAAGGACUACUUCCUUGUCCACAGCACCUGCCUGGUCACCCUUCUGAGUCAGUGCCGCACUUGUUUAUCAGCUUCGUGCACAGUGAAGCUGUUUUACACUGGCACACGCAUUACAGCAGAAACUGAAUGUCCACACGCACAUGCCUGGCAACGGCUCUGCUUUUUUCCGGCUCAAGUCCUACUAGUGCUCUCAGGAUGA